AUGAAGUGCAUGGUAGCUGCAGUCAUCUUGGCCCUGGCCGUCGUCUCGGAAGCUGGAAUCCUGCCCUAUGGUGGCUGGCCGUACGCUCACCUGGCCGCACCGACCGUGAUCCAGUCGAACGUGCUGGCCCAUCCGUACGGUGCCAUCUCCCACGCCGCCAUCCACGCUGCCCUUCCGGCGUACGCCCCGCACGCUGCCAUCUAUGCUGCUCCGCAUGCCGCUAUCCUGGCCGCUCCCCAUGGUCCAGCCGCCUCGGUUGCCCACCACGCAGGAGUUGUUCCCGGAGCCACCUCGGUCACUGCUACCCGUGGUGCCGUGCACGUCGCUCCCCUGCCCGGACACGCCGUCUCCCAGCAGCAGCUGAACCUGGCCCCGGCCCCCGGAACCCUGUAA